AUAACCUAAUAGUCUACCCCUCAAAACUUCUCCCUUUUAAUUUUCUCUCAACACUCAAAUUCAAUCUUUCUCUCUCUUUCUCAUCUCUCCCUCUUUUAUCUCUAUUACGGAGAAAUCAUGAGAUGACUCUUCUUUAAACGGCGUAACGGCCUAUCCUUUGAAACGCCGUUACUUCAUUUUACACUUUAAAGACACGUGUCAUCCGAAACCGCAACACUCCCUUCUUCGUCUUUUUCUUUUCAUGGCCUUAGAGCAGCUCAGCCUAGCUCCAACCUCCGUUAACGGCGAAAAUGACGGCGUUAAUAACGGCGUUCAACAUCGACCGCCCUCCAACGACGGCGGAGACGACGGUUUAAAAGCCCCUAGACUGCCGCGAUGGACGCGCCAGGAAAUUCUCGUUCUGAUUCAAGGUAAAAGAGUUGCGGAGAAUCGGGUUCGACGAGGCCGGGCGGCGGGGAUGGCGUACGGGUCGGGUCAAGUGGAACCAAAAUGGGCUUCGGUUUCAUCUUAUUGUAAGAGGCACGGCGUGAACCGGGGACCGGUUCAGUGCCGUAAGCGGUGGAGCAAUUUGGCGGGCGAUUUUAAGAAGAUCAAGGAGUGGGAGACGCAACAAGCGAGGGACGGAACGGAGUCGUUUUGGGUGAUGAGAAACGACUUGAGAAGAGAGAGGAAGCUGCCGGGGUUUUUCGAUAGAGAGGUUUACGAUAUCCUGGACGGCGUGACGACCGAUCCCUCGGCGGCGGCGACGGCGGAGGAUACAGCGACGACGACGGCUGCGGUGGGUGGGAGAUUGGCUCUGGCUUUGGCUCCAACAGAGGAGUCAGGGGAGGAUACAGAGGCAGUUUUUGAUAGCGGGAGGAGCGCAGCGGUGGAGGAUGGAUUGUUUUCGGAUUUUGAACAAGAGGAAAUCGGAGCAAGCCCGGUGACGGAGGCGACGAUAGCGACGGCGGCAAAGGAGGCGAAACCCAUAUCGGCGACGAUGCCAAUUUCAGAGAAACAUUACCAACCUAAUAUUUUACAAGGCUCUCAAGGUCAAGAAACAUACAAUGUUUUUCAUCUUCACACAAAGAAUCCUGGAAGUUCCCUAGAAAUUGAGGCCCAACGAGAAGCUAGAAACCGUACAAAAAAUGAGAAACAACCGGUGUCCGAAAAUCCUGAGAUAGGCUCAACUUCUCAGGAAGGGCGAAAGAGGAAGCGACUUUCGGCAGAUGGUGAUGAGGAAAUGAGCAAUCUCCAAUUGCAGUUGAUCGAUGUAUUGCAGAAGAAUGGUAAAAUGUUGACGGCGCAACUUGAAGCUCAGAACAGCAAUUUUGAGCUGGAUAGGGAGCAGAGAAAAGACAACGCAGAUAACUUAGUUGCAGUUCUGAAUAAACUUGCAGAUGCUUUAGGAAGAAUUGCUGAUAAAUUGUAGGAGAUGAGGUGAUUAAUUAAUUAGAAGAUAGUGUACAUAAAAAGGAUCACAUUCAGGAUGAAAUUUGGGUUUGUUUUUAGAUUAUUAUUCAGUUUUUUACACUUCACUUGAUGCAAAUUUAGUAUCAUACAUAGGGAAUAAAGUUCAAAAUCUUAGGGUUGACAAUACGAUUAUAUUUUUUUCCA